GUUCUAUAAGUAAUAUAGAUGGAGCAGAGUACAGCUGCAACAAGACGCAAGUGAGGAAAGUUAUUUCCGGUGUUGUUGGUGCAGCAUCGAGCGUCACUUCCAUCCAAGUGGCCAAUUUGUUGAGGCUUUUCAAAAUACCACAGGUCUCAUUCUUCUCGACGAGUCCCGAACUGAGCAAUAAACAAAGAUUCGAGUAUUUCACAAGGACGAUCCCUUCGGACCAUUACCAAGUCAAGGCGAUGGUGGAUAUUGUCAUACGUAUGAGUUGGAGCUACGUAUCGAUAAUCUACGAGGAAUCCAACUACGGGAUUAAGGCGUUCGAGGAGUUGGAAGAACUACUGUCCUUCCACAAUAUUUGCAUAGCUGUUAAGGAGAAACUGGUGAAGGACUCGGGGGUGGCGGACGAGUCGGCUUACGACAACAUCGUGCAGAAAUUGCUCACAAAGCCCAGAGCUCGGGGUGCAAUCGUAUUCGGAUCUGAUCAAGAGGUGGCAGGAGUGAUGAGAGCCGUUAGAAGGAGUAACGCAACCGGCAGCUUUUCCUGGAUAGGAUCCGACGGUUGGAGCGCCCGAAACUUGGUUUCCGAUGGGAACGAAGCAGAGGUUGAGGGUACACUUUCUGUACAACCUCAGGCCAAUCCAGUCAUCGGUUUCGAGGAGUACUUCCUCGGGCUGAACGUCGAGAAUAACAAGCGCAACCCGUGGUUCGUAGAAUUUUGGGAACACCAUUUCCAAUGCAGAUACCCGAACAGUUCACGAACUCCGUACAACCAGAAGUACACGAAACUCUGCACCGGAACAGAAAAGCUGACCAAACAGAACACAGUGUUCGAGAAUCAAUUGCAGUUCGUAUCCGAUGCCGUUAUGGCCUUCGGAUACGCAAUUAGGGACAUGCAUUUGGAGCUUUGCAACGGACGACCUGGAUUAUGCGAUGCUAUGAAACCUACAAAAGGGACAGAACUUCUGAAAUACCUGAAAAAAGUUGAAUUUGAAGGAUUGAGCGGCGAUCGUUUCCACUUCGACCACAACGGAGAUGGUCCGGCCAGGUACAACAUCAUCCACUUCAAACAGGUGACCCCAGGCAAUUACCAAUGGGUCCGAGUCGGCGAAUACAUGGAGGGAGAGCUGCGUCUCAACAUGACAGAGAUCCAGUUCAAAUUGGGUCACCCGAAACCCCCGGAAUCCGUUUGCAGUCUUCCCUGCGAUCUGGGCCAAGCCAAGAAGUAUGUUGAGGGUGAAAGCUGCUGCUGGCAUUGCUUCAACUGCACUCAGUACCAGAUUCGUCAUCCGACUGAUCCGACACAAUGCACGGGAUGCCCGUUGGGAACGGUUCCGGAUCCUCUGCACGUUCGAUGCGUGGAAAUACCCGAGGAGUAUCUUCAGCCGGACAGCGGUUGGGCCAUCGGCGCGAUGGCAUUGGGAUCAACCGGCAUCCUUAUAACGCUCUUCGUUUGCGGCGUCUUCAUCCGCCACAACGACACCCCAGUCGUUAGAGCUUCGGGAAGGGAAUUAAGCUACGUCCUUUUGGCAGGAAUCCUGAUGUGCUAUUGUGUCACGUACGCUCUCGUCCUGCGACCGAGCGAUCUAGUUUGCGGCAUCCAGAGAUUCGGAGCCGGAUUCUGUUUCACCGUCGUCUACGCUGCUCUUCUCACCAAAACCAAUAGGAUCUCGAGGAUCUUCAACGCAGGGAAAAGGUCAGCAAAGCGACCAAGCUUUAUCUCACCCCGAUCUCAGUUGAUUAUCUGCAGCGGUUUAAUUGGAGUACAGGUGCUGAUUAAUGGUGUAUGGAUGGUCAUAUCUCCAGCAAGGGCAAUUCAUCAUUAUCCUACGCGCGAGGACAAUCUUCUCGUCUGCUCUUCCUAUAUUGAUGCCUCCUACAUGAUAGCAUUCACCUAUCCGAUCCUGCUCAUCGUCGUCUGCACUAUCUACGCUAUUCUAACACGGAAAAUCCCAGAAGCCUUCAAUGAAUCAAAACAUAUCGGUUUCACCAUGUACACUACAUGCGUAAUCUGGUUGGCCUUUGUUCCUUUGUACUUUGGCACUGCAAACCACGUCGCUCUAAGAAUUACCAGCAUGUCCGUUACUAUCAGCCUUUCUGCCAGUGUCACCGUUGCUUGUCUCUUCUCUCCUAAGCUCUACAUAAUCCUGAUCAGACCCGAACGCAACGUCCGCCAAAGCAUGAUGCCAAUGCGAUACUCGGCAAUCAACAAGAGCACAACCGGAACCGCCAAUUCCGGUGCCGGAAGUAUGAUGGCCGCGGUGAUGGUAACAGCCGCAACCUGCAACCAGAAGAAUCAGAUCCAGAAACACGUACCGCCAGCCGACAUAAUCGAAAGAGACGAAACCGAACUAAGCGACAAACCGGAAAUGAAGGACACCAGCACCCAAACGAAUCCGACAAUGAACGGCUCCGACUCCCCCAAAGUCAACAACAACUGCAACGGUCCUAUCCAGAUGAAGGACGUCUUAUAGCAAUCACGACCAUCCAGCAUGAAGACGAAACGCAAUCCCGUUCAAGUCUAAAAAAAAAUCCGGAUUAUACGAAACGUUCAACGCACAUAUCUAUACAUCUUGUUGUUCUCGCAGAUCAAAGGUUCUUUUUUUCUUUUCAUACCAAAAAAAAGUAAUAAUAGAACUCUCGCACACGCAAAACAUUUAGUUGAAUACGCUAAGUUCCUUUCUUUGCCUACAGUACAAUAGAGAAAUAUACAGGGUAUAAAAAGCGCCAGUAAUUACUCAACAUAACGAAGGGAUAUUAUAUAUAUACACACAUAAAUAUAUAUAUGUAUUGAAAAAAUGAAUGAGAAAUUGUUAUUUUGGUUGUGAUAUUUGCGUCAUUUCGCAAUUUUUUCUUGUGAUAUUAUUAAUUUCUUAAUCUUCAGUUAAG